AUGGUAGAGUUUGCCAUUAACAACUCGGUGCAUGCGUCCACGACACAAACACCGUUUUACGUGAAUGGCUUGCGCCAUCCGCGUGUACCCACCUUACUCGAGUGUAACUCUGGUUUAAGGGAGGGAGAGACUCGCGCGAGCAAAAACCGAUUUGGUUCACGCUCAUCACGCUCUGACGAAGAGGUCAUUGCGUUCGAUGCCGAUAUCGACAACAUCGAUAUCGAAGAAGAUGAUGCCAGUGAGAGUGCGGAAGCCCUCACUGAAGAAAAGGUUGAUGUUGCUGCAGUGCACUCACAGCGCACUGAAGCUAACGAGUCAUCAGAUGAGUUCAUACUGGCUCGUGAAACGGUAGUCCGUUUUGUGCAAGACUCCAUCGCCGAAGCGGUGACUUAG